UCCCAGUUCCCUGCGAGCCUCGCGCAAGCACGCACGGCUCGUCCUCCUCCUAUACUCCGUAUAAACGCGUUCGAGAGAGCUUAAGAGACGAGCUACAAGUAGUGGCGGGCGCCACGUUCGAAAGAAGCUAUAUAAACGGAAAGCUCUCUCUCUCUCUCUCUCUCUAUCGGCGCUGUGUGCGCGUCGCGCGGUGCGCGCGCUUCGAGCCAGCCAGCCAGCCAGCCAGGAAGGAAGGAAGGAAGGAAUAGGCUCUCCGCAGCAUCCAUCGCCGCCGGAGAGAGAGAGAGAGAGAGAGAGAGAGAGAAAGAGAGAGAGAGAGAGGAGGCUGCGUGCUGCGCUGGCGCAGGAGCGAGACGCACCGACGUAGGAGAGCUACUGCCCGUAGUGCUGCUGCUGCCGUCGACCGCGAAGGACCACCACCGCCGCAGGAGCCUCAGAGGUGUACGCGUUUGUUAUGGGCCACCGGAAUAGUCCCCAGGACGCAGGACGCUAGAGGCUGACUAGAUAGCCAACAUCAGCCCAUCCCAGCCAGCGAGAGCCUUGAGAGAGAAUCGAUCUCCUCCGCGCAGAUAGAGAGAGACGCUGCAUCAUCAGCCGAACGCAACUCGCAUAGCCGCAUAACAGACGGAAGCGAACAGGAUGUCGGAGACGACGAGCAGAGAACCGGAGCUUCUCGACCCGGAGAGCGGCGGGGGCGCGGCGGCAGCUCUGAACAGCUCGGGCUCCGCCGUCGCGAGCAGCAACGGCGCUACCAACAAGAAGGAACUGCCCGAACGCGGCAGCUGGAGCUCCAAACUCGACUUUAUCCUCAGUGUGGUCGGCCUGGCCAUCGGAUUGGGCAACGUCUGGCGGUUUCCGUACCUGUGCUACAAGAACGGCGGCGGCGCCUUUCUCAUCCCGUACUUCCUCACCCUCUUCCUCGCCGGCAUACCCAUGUUCUUCAUGGAGCUGGCGCUCGGCCAGAUGCUCACGAUCGGCGGCCUCGGCGUCUUCAAGAUCGCGCCCCUCUUCAAGGGCAUCGGCUACGCCGCGGCCGUCAUGUCCUGCUGGAUGAACGUCUACUACAUCGUCAUCCUCGCCUGGGCAAUCUUCUACUUCUUCAUGUCCAUGCGCUCCGAGCUACCCUGGGGCGCCUGCAAUAAUUACUGGAAUACGAAGAACUGUGUCAAUCCGUACGAGAGAAAGGACCUCUACUGCUUCCAGAAGAUGGGUCAGAACGGCAGCCUCAUCAAGAUGUGCACGUUCAACAACGUGAACGUCACCGCGUCCGAGCUCAGCGACCCUGUCAAGGAGUUUUGGGAGCGACGAGCCCUGCAGAUCAGCCCGGGCGUCGAGUACGUGGGCAACAUCAGGUGGGAGCUCGCGGCGACGCUGCUGCUCGUCUGGAUCCUCUGCUACUUCUGCAUCUGGAAGGGCGUCAAGUGGACGGGCAAGGUCGUCUACUUCACCUCGCUCUUCCCCUACGUGCUCCUCACGAUCCUCCUGAUCAGGGGCAUCACGCUGCCCGGCGCCAUGGAGGGUAUCCGCUUCUACGUCAGUCCGAACCUCUCGAAGCUCAAAGAGUCCGAGGUCUGGAUAGACGCGGUGACGCAGAUAUUCUUCUCCUACGGACUGGGUCUGGGCACUCUGGUCGCCCUCGGCAGCUACAACAAGUUCACCAACAACGUCUACAAGGACGCGCUGAUCGUCUGCUCGGUCAACUCGUCCACGUCCAUGUUCGCGGGCUUCGUCAUCUUCUCCGUGGUGGGCUACAUGGCCCACGAGCAGCAGCGGCCCGUCGCCGAGGUGGCGGCCUCCGGCCCGGGUCUGGCCUUCCUCGCGUAUCCCUCGGCCGUGCUGCAGCUGCCCGGCGCCCCGAUCUGGUCCUGUCUCUUCUUCUUCAUGCUGCUGCUCAUCGGUCUGGACUCGCAGUUCUGCACGAUGGAGGGCUUCAUCACUGCUAUGGUGGACGAGUGGCCUAAGCUCCUGCGUCGGCGCAAGGAGAUCUUCAUCGCGAUCGUCUGUAUGCUCUCGUACCUGGUCGGGCUGUCCUGCAUAUCCGAGGGCGGCAUGUACGUCUUCCAGAUCCUCGAUUCCUACGCCGUCUCCGGAUUCUGCCUGCUCUUCCUCAUCUUCUUCGAGUGCAUCUCCAUCAGCUGGGCCUUCGGGGUGGGUCGCUUCUACGACGGUAUCCGCGACAUGAUCGGCUACUACCCCCUCAUCUGGUGGAAGUUUUGCUGGGUCUUCGCCACCCCCUGCAUCUGCAUCGGAGUGUUCAUCUUCAACCUGGUGCAGUGGACGCCGAUCAAGUACCUGGGCUACGAGUAUCCCUGGUGGGCACACAUACUCGGCUGGAUCACGGCUCUCUCCUCGAUGCUCUGCAUACCCGGCUACAUGCUCUACGCCUGGAUGUCCACUCCCGGCGACAGACAGACGAAAUUCAAGCUGCUCAUCCGGAUAGAGGACGACGUGGCGACGCUCAGAACGAAAAUGGGUCACUCCAGCGUCGAACUGACACCCCUGUAGUCCGGCACUACUGCAGCUGGCGUCUGAUCAUCGGAGGAAUAAUCUGCAAGUCAAUUUACCGAUGCUUGUAGGUUCUCGCAUUGAUACUUUUAUCGAUGGUAUCGGUAAAAAAAAUAUGUAUUCUUCAUCGAGCGUUAUUCAAAUAGAGAUGAAGAAAAAUUUUCCAACUCGGACGGAUAUAUCGUAGAUACUUGAUAGACGCGAGUUACAGGCGUGAAUUCUUUUUGACUGACGAGAAGAAUAUAAUACGUAUACAUAUACACCUUAGUGAAAAUGUUUGUCUACGAAAUUUACAAAAGGUUACAUUCCGAUCGUUCGAUUUAUCCGAACCGAACGAACCAUAUGCAUUUUGUAUGAUUUAUUAACAAAGAGGAAAAAGAAGGAAAUUAAUCCGGCGUUAUGCAUAUAGGUAACGCGACACAAUAUACAUAUAUACAUACCGUAAUUGUAUCGAAAUUUUGCUGAAAGAAGGCGCGCGACUAUUUAUCAAGCCGCGACCUUAUAACGGUACGCGAAAAUUUUCACUAGGGCCGCAUAGCUCUACAUCAUAUCAAUGUAUAUGCGUAUGCACGCAUAUAGCGCUAAGCAAACAAUUAAAAAGAGAUACACAUCUAUAAGAAACAUAUCACAUGGUGAUUUUGAAGGGGGAUCAUUCGAAGCAAGUUACUCAAAGGAUUAAGAUGCUUUAAUGUUGCAAUAAAACGAUUUAAAAUAUAUAUUUAUCAGCGCAUGCGAGUAUAAGAGAGAAAGAGAGGGAGAGCGAGAGAGUGAGAGAGAGAGAGAGAGAGAGAGAGAGAGAGAGAGAGAAAGGGCGAGAGAGUAGGGCAGACGGCGAUGGGAAAUACGGGCAUUUUUCAGUGAAUUAUUCCUUGUCUUCCAUCAAUUGCCACAACUAUUUGCACAGCCGUUGCGAGAAGGACAUUUUGUUUCUUCGUUAUGGAAAAAAAAAGGUAUAAAGAGACAUAACAUUUGCUAUGUGGUGUGAUAUGUACAAUUAACCAAAUGACAAUAAAAGAAAAACUAAUAACAAUUUAAAGAAGACGAAGAUGAGAAAAAAUGAAAAGCACAACGAACUUUACAAUUAUUUAUUCGAAUGUAACGCGCGCAGGCUUGAGUGACUUUUUUUACAAAUUCCUUUUAAACCCGUUAUCGCGAGCGGAGAGCAAUGCCAAAAAAAGUCUAGUCAAUAUUUCGAGGAUCGGUAUGGUAGGUUUGAAACGCAAACCAAAAAAAUACUCUUUUGCUUUGUAAAAUCGAACGAAACUAAUAUUUCGAUUGUAUGAUGACGAAUAUUUUUAUGUCACUUUGCGCAUAUCAUCGCAUAAUAUACUAGAUCGUAUAUAACAAAUUGUACUAUUGUAAAUCGAUGAAAUUGGAAUCGUCAUUAUUUCGUAUAUGUCAUGUUUAAAGUUACAAAUGAGAAGAGCUCGUUGCUGCGCAUCGCCUGCGACGCUGGCGUUAUGCUCUAUACAUAGACACGAACAUGUGCGCAUUUUCAAAUGGUACAUAAAGCGAAUGUUUAACGACGAAUCUGCCUAUUAAUUUAAGCGACUAUUUAUUACUACUAUAAUUAUUACUUUCAUUAUUAUUAUUGAUAUUAUGUCAACGGUUUACUCGUUACAUUGUAAUUUAUUUAAAUUAUUAUUAUUAUUUUACUACAUAUAUUAUUAAACAACGUACCAUAUCCGUUAUAGUCAUUUUUUUCAUUUCGCCGAUAUGAGUAUAUAUUAUAAAGCCACAGCCAAUACGAAGAAGCAACAAUACAAACGCAAACAAACGUUCUGUUUGGAUGAGUAUGCGCGUGCGAAUACCGAUGCGUAUAUCGACGCAUCUGCGCGAAAUACAAAAUAUAUAGUGUAUAUGAAAAAUAUAAAUGUAUUGUUACCUGUGUAGGAUUUAACGACCUGUGUCUGUAUCAAUUGAAGAAACAAUAAAUUGAAUUAAUGUACAACCAAAUUAGGAAUAAGAACGAUUCUGUAAUGCUCUAUAUAUACAUAGUUGGACUUGUUGAGAAAAAAAGAAUUAUGACGAUGAGGCAUAAAUUCUGUAGUACUCUAUACGCAUAUAGCUUGAACCGCUGAGAAAAAAAAUAACGAUCUUCACUAAAAAAAAAAAAGAAAACUUAUUCGACGUCGACGAUCAAUUGUAAUAAAUAAUUCAUAAUUUUUAAUAAUAUUUCCUCAUAUAGUCAUUACAAAUGUAUACAAAAAAUAUAUGAAAUCGUUGCAUUUUUAAAAUGCCGCCAGCAAAUCCUUAAAAUCGCAGUCUUCCAUUUACAUAUAUUGAUAUAUGUAUUACUUUUAGAUUCAAUGAAUUUUUAAUGGAAAAUUCUCCCAGUACACGCUCUUUACGAUGUAUAAAGAGCGCUUUAUAAAACGAUAUUUGAAAAAAAUAUAUAAGAACAAAUUAUACGCACACAAUGGAUACAUAUAAGCGGACCCAAGCGAUGCACUUGUGCACGCGACACAAAAGACACUUAGCGAGGUGUGGAGCUAUUCAAAUGCGAGGAAAGAAUUGUACAUGUAGGUAGCUUUUCGUUCGGGUAGAUGAUGGCCGUUGAGAGCAGUUACAUUAUAACGAGGUACAAAAUUUGGUGCUUGACCACUUUAUUGAUGAGGCGACAUACAUAUAUUGUUGUCGGACAACACUAAACUUCAUAUCAAUGCGAUUAAGAGAGAACCAAUAUAUGCACGACGACAAUAAAGCUUGGAGAAAGAGAAAUAAUCGAUAUGAGAAGAACGAUCAAGGAGACGUAUGUGUAGCAUAAUUUUGCCUCACGUAAACAUACUUACUAGCCUUAAAAGACUAGUAUUUGUACUCUAGAUCUGAAGGUGUUCAAAAUAUAGUUACGAGAGUAAAUCGUCUAGGGCCUUUCAAAUGAUUCAAUUAAUAGUCUUUAUUAUACAUAUUAUAAACGAAUAACAAUAAAUAUAAUUAUAUUAUAUGAUAUAUAAAAAGAAUCAAAUAUAGAGACAAAAUUCUAAUUGUUAAUAUAAAAAGUCGGACGGAUAUAUCGUACAUAGAAAUUUGUAGAUGCGAAAGAAGAAUAUAUACCUUAUUAUUAUACAUAAUACCUUAGUGAAAAUGUUUGUCUACGAAAUUUACAAAAAACAAUUCCGAUCGUUCGAUGAAUCUAAACCAAAGGAACCACUAAUCGUAAAUUUUGUAUGUUUUAUUGAAAUUAUUUCGGCGUUAUGCGUAGAUAACGCGACCCAAUAUACACUGUGACCGUACAUAAUAAUAUAGUAAUCGACCCUAAAUUCUGCCGAAAAAUGUACGCGAAAAUUUUCACUAGGGUAGCUCUAUUUGUCUUUAUGCGCAAGUGUAUAUUAUAUACACGCAUAAUGCAGAAACAAACAAACAAACAAAAAGGCACACACGUAAGAAACAUAUUAAAUAGUGAUUGAUUCUAAAGGGGGAUCAUUUAAAGCAAGUUACUCAAAGAAUAUAAAUGCUUUAAUUGUUGCAAUAACGAUUUAAUAAUGCAUUGUGCAAAAGGAAAGAAAACGAGGUAUUUCUAGCAAGUGCUGAAAGCACCACUAUCUUAAACAAAAGAUAUAGCAACAAGAACUGCGAAAAGCAGACGUAUAUUUUAAAACGUGGUUUUGACAAACAAAAAUUUAGUAAAAAGCAAAACAAAAACAAAAGGAUCUAUUGCAACACUGAUAUUUCGCAGUGAACUAUUCCUUGUCUUCCAUCUGAUGUCACAAAUAAGCAUAACUGUUGUCGUUGCGAGAAGCAAAUAUUAUUCAUUAGAAACAGAAGCAGAUAUAAUAUUUAUCAUAUGGUGCGAAGAAAAGCAGACAAUAUUUAAAAAACACACAAAAGCACAACGAACUUUACAAUUCAUUCAAAUAAAGCGCGCAGGCUCAAGAGACUUUUCAUAAAUUUUCUUUCAGAAAUCUUAUGUUUAAAAUUGAGAUGCAAUGUAUAUUUUUUGUCACUAGUUUCUGCAUCACCAGUCUUUUUAUGUUAUUUGAAGUCGUGAAAACUCGCUGGCGUAAAAUGCAAUUAUUUAACGACAAAUCUGCCUACUACUUUAAGCUGCAACUUGUUAAUUACCACCAUUAUUAUUCUGAUCAUCCAUUUGUUACAGGUACAGUGCGAUUCAUUUAUAUGUCAAACGAACGCUAUUAUCUAAAAGAAAUAACACAAAUAAUUGUUUAAAACAAACGCUUUGUUUCAUACUCAUUAUGCGCGUGCGUAUGCGUAUGCGCUCGCGCACAUAUGGCUCUGUAUCGCCCACAUCUAGUGCGCAUAUAUUGACACAUGUGUGUACGCGUCUACGCGAAAUAUAAAAUAUCUAGUGUAUAUGAAAAAUAUAAAUGUAUUAUUGUUACCUGUGUAGGAUUUAAUGACAUGUGUAUGUAUUAAUUGAAGAAACAAUAAAUUGAAUUAAUGUAAAACCAAA